UCUUUUACAUACACACUUGAACUAUUCUACAGCUUAUUUUCUUUUACAAACAAAAUAACAAAACAAAACAAAGGGGAGAGAGAGAGAGACAGAUCAGCAGAGUGAGUCCCAGAAAGAACAAAUUAGGAUGGGGAGAGCUCCUUGUUGUGAGAAGAUGGGACUGAAGAAAGGGCCAUGGACAGCUGAAGAAGAUAAACUUUUGAUCGCUUUUAUACGACAACACGGCCAUGGAAACUGGCGUGCUCUUCCUAAGCAAGCUGGCCUAUUGAGAUGUGGAAAAAGUUGCAGACUGAGGUGGACGAACUACUUGAGACCAGACAUUAAGAGAGGGAAUUUCAGUAAAGAAGAAGAGGAUACAAUCAUCAACUUACACGAAAUGCUUGGGAAUAGGUUCCAUUUUCUCGCAGCAAGAUUACCGGGUCGGACCGACAAUGAGAUUAAAAAUGUUUGGCACACCCACUUGAAGAAAAGGCUCAAAAAUUAUCAAAGCACCUCCAACACCAAAGGACAAACAGUGACAGAGCCCAAAUGUGAUUCCAAUGCCUCGCGUGAAUCCAACACCAUGAAUUCGGGUUUUGAGAGUUCUGAGUAUGCAUCAGUUUCCCCACAAGAUUCUUCUAGUGAACUCUCAUCGGUCACAGACUUAACUGGCUUUCCAAACAGCGCAGUCAUUAAGGACAAAUCAAUGGACACAUCUGAGACAUUUCCUCAAAUUGACGAAAGUUUUUGGUCCGAAGAAUUAUCAACCGGCAAUUCCACCAUGCAAUCGGACUUUGCUGGUUUUACGGAGGAGUUACAAUUUCAAUUUCCAUUAUCUCCAUCAAUGACUGCUUCUAUUGGUACAAUGGAACAUGUCAAUGAGUACAACUUCAAUAUUGAUGAUGACAUGGAGUUUUGGUAUAACCUUCUCAUUAAAGCUGGUGGUUUACCAGAAUUAUCAGAAAUCUGAGCAGUAUUUUUCUUUGUAUUAAAUGUAGCAAAUAUUAGAAAAUUCGAAUAUUCUUGAUACAUUUGACCGUUAAAGAGGAGUUGAGAUCCUCUUCUUGAGCUC